AUGGUAGACCUGGAACGAAAGAUGGAAGAAAUCAUGUCACAAAAGAUAGACGAUGCAUUGUCCAAAAGGAAGGAUAGGCGGAGACAGAUGGUUUUGGAGGAAGACCCGUUCGCCCCAGAAAUCAUGGCGGUCCCUUUGCCUAAAGGCUUCAAACAGCCCAUGAUUGAAGCCUAUGAUGGAGUCACGGACCCGCUUGACCAUCUACGAACUUUCGUGGAUCUGAUGAGACUUUAUGCUGCCCCGAACGUCGUGAUGUGCCGAUCUUUUCCCCCCACGCUCAGGAGGGAGGCUAGGGACUGGGUAGCAACCUUGGCCCCACGCUCCAUCAAGUCAUUUGAUGAGCUCUCCAGGAGCUUUGUGGCUUAUUUCCUAAGCAGCAAGAGGAAGAGGAAGACAGCCAUUGGGUUGAUGCAGGUCGUACAGGACAAAGACGAGUCAUUGCAGGAAUACUUAGCCAGGUUCAGCCGGGCGACUCUUGGCAUUAGAGACCUGCAAAUGUCCGCAGUGGUUACAGCAUUGAUGAAUGGAACGCGAAAUCGGGCCUUUAAGAUGUCACUCUCCAAGAACCCCCCGGAGUCGAUGCAUGACCUAUUAAAGAAGGGAGACAAGUAUGUCGAUGCGGAGGAAGCGGAGAAGGUAACUAAAAAUCUCAGGGAUGGAAGGGAGACGGAAGCUAAUAAGCGAAAAACAUAUGACGAGCAAAAGCACAAUGAUAGAAAUAAGCAGAAGAGUAAACGCACGAGCAAGGGUUAUGUCCAAGACCGAUCAGUCAGGCAAAAAUGA